GCUGGGGCUGGGCAGGAUCUCUAGAAAGGCGGCUCCGAGGGGGACGAGAAAAGGCUCCCUCCAGAGGCGGCCGGAGUCUCCCUGCUCCGCCUGCCCUCUGGGUCCCGAUUGCCCCGACUGGCUUCGCCUCAAGGGCUGCCUCCUUCGGACCCUGGCGGCGAGAGCCCCUUGCCACCCCUUUCCCCAGCCAUGCAGAGGCAGGGCUGCUGCUUCGGUGCCCGGCUGCAGCUGGCCUUCCUCCUCCUUUGCCGCUGCUGCUGCUGCUGCUGCCUGGCGGUGCCCAGCAGGGGCUGGCAGGGCGGGGGCUGUGCCCAGCUGGGCCGGUGCUGCUCUGGCCGGAGCUUGGCCUGUGUCAGCUCCGGAUGGAGACCCGACGGCUCCCAGGGCGCCUGCUACUGCGACCAGGCCUGCCCUCGCACCUGGGACUGUUGCCAUGACUACCGCCAGGUGUGCCCAGUGGUCUCUUGCAAGGUCUCUGACUGGAGUGAAUGGAGCAGCUGUGCAGAGCCUUGCAAGGCAACAUACCGUAUUCGAAGGAGGCAUAUAAUCCAGGAGCCAAGAAAUGGGGGCAAAACAUGCCCUUCCCUAGAGGAGAAGGCUGGUUGUUUGGAGUAUUGGACCAGCCAAGGAACAGAAUGCAAGCAAUCCUUUAUCCCAGCGUUAAUAACCACUGGAGGCUAUGGGAAAGCAAGGAAAAAGCGUGCUGUGUCUAGUGCAAAUGAAAGAAAUGGGUAUUGUGUUGAAUUUCAGCUCACCGCCAUCACAGAAGGCUGUUUGAAUGGGAACAGUUCAUACACUCAUUGGAUGAAGUACCUCAGCGAGGGUCACAGAGUGUGUGUGGAGUGCCAGCAUCCAGCUCUGGAUUCCAGGAGCUUGCACUGCUCUGGAGAUGGCAGUGGAGCCAAGAAGAACCAGUUACUGCACUGGCAGGCUGUGGGAAACCCAAGAUGUAGAGGAACCUGGAAGAGAGUCCGCCAGUUGGACACUUGUUCUUGUCCUUCUGUUCACAGUUUCUUGUUCAUCUGAUAUUCAUAUACCCAUCUGUUGGCCUUGAGUCGUAAUUUCUUGGCCACUUCACACUGACAAAAAGUCCAGUGAUGAAGGAACACAUCUGAAACACAUCAGACUAUUGACUGUUACAGUUGAAGAUCGGGUCACUGCUGCUAUAAGGAGCUGCUGCUGGUGCUAAGCAACAUUCUGCGAAGGUCUAAUACCCUGAUGAAGACACAAAGGUGUAGCCCUAAACCUAAACUGAAAAUGGGAGGACACAAAAGUCUAGGGCGAAAAAAAGCAAUGGUCAUGCAAUAGCAAAGGUUUUAUUAGAAACAAACUAGAAAAGUUGGAUGAAAAAUGGGAGGGAUGGGUAAAAUCUAGUCAGUCCUCCAGACAGACAAAUGUGCUGUAGUCUGUGUGCAGAGCCCUAAGAUAAAAUCAAAAGCUCACGUGUCAAAUGGGUAAAAGAGCUGAUGUGACCAAUGUGUACUAGGCUAUAGAACUAUAAAUCCCAACUAAUGGAACGAGUAUAUGGAGAUGUCAUACAUAUUGACUACCCAUACAAAUACAAAUGAAAUUUUCAACACCUCCAAGUAAACAAAUGGGAGGGAUAACAUAGCAAGCCCAUUACAAAAGAUAAAUUGAUAAAAUGAGACCAAACGCGUUUCAACAACAAGUCUUCGUCAGUGGUCGGAAUAGGCUGUUGUUACAGCAUAGAAGAUAUAACAGUAUAUUUGGAUACAUCCGGUGAAAUUAAGUAGUUGUUUGUCCAAAUUGGACAGUAACCUGGAUGUCCCACAGAUGAAUAAGGCUCUCACCUUUGCUAUUGCAUGACCAUUGCUUCCCCCCCCCUAAACUUUUGUGUCCUCCCAAGGUCUAAUACCCUACCUUAAGCUCCUGGUAUUUUUAUUUUUAUUUUUAAAUCUUAGGUAGCAAGGUUUAGAGAGGGAUUUGUGACAAUAAAGUUUCAGAAGCUAGACUAAGGCACCCACUCCCAUAAACUCUUUAUCUCAGGUCCCUUCCUUUUCAACAAGGUUUAUCCAUUUGGGUCAGUAGCAGUGAUGCUCUUUAGGAGGAAUGAAGUGGUAUAAGAGGGAAUAAUGGAGACUUGAUCUCCCAGCUCACCAACAUGCUUAUGGUGAGCAAAGGAAGCAUGAAAUCUCAUUGGCCUUCAAGAAGUCUAAACUGGGGUGUGGGGGUGGUAACUGGGAAUUCUUCUCCGGCUUGGAUUUAAUCCAAGCCAGAGAAGAAUUUGGAGGCUGGCAAAGUUCAGUUUUUAUGAGUCCCUGAAGUUAAUCUUAAACCUGAACUUGGAGAGCUUUUUAAGCAUUGCUAGUGAUAAGGUCUGAAUGGAUUCUGCACACACAGAGGGGAAAUGUCCUGGAUAUGGUGUUUAGCCCAGAACUCUGUGCGUUUAUUAUUUUUAUUUUAUCAGAACAAGUUUCUAGCCCUUAUGGCUGCUGCAAAGUGAUGACUAACCAAUUAGGACAACACCUGUCGUAAUCAUAGAUGCUAGAAACCUGUGAUUGAAUAAGAUUUCCAGAGAGUUAGGGGUCAGUUUCCUGGAUAGGAGGAGCAGAAUGCAUACAUACCAAAUGAGCACAAAGUACAUAUUUUUGCAUAAUUUAUAUUGCUAAGAGACUAAGGCGUGUGUGUGUUUUCAUGUAGAAUUUGCAUCCACACACUUGCAAGUGCUUAGAUAAACUGGCCAACUAAUACGGUUCUGUACAUAUAGGUUAGCUGCUUUUAUAUGUGAAAUUAGAAAACAUUUUCCUGCUUUCACACCUCUGUCUGUUCCCUGCCAGUUCCCAUCUGUGGGACUCAUUCUUUGCCUUGGGGGCUUCACAAGGUGACACCCUAAUGGAGGUAGUGUUACCAAUGCUCCCUAAACAUCACCUUUUGGUAGAAAUUGGUGGUGGUAGUUGCCUGCAUCCCUCUAAAAUACUAAAGAGAUGGUGUGAGUGGGGUGAGGCUCAGUGUGAAGAGAAAGGAGAGGCAUUGUUAUAUAUGAUUUGAUAUGGGAGGAGGUCAGUGGGGGGAUGACACUGGGUGACACCAACCCUAGUGAUGACUUACUGUAACUCUAUGGACAAAACAAACUGUGAAAUACAAUAAUGUCCAAACAUUUUAAAAGAGUGAUACCAAAAUGCACAGAAUAAAUCAUGCAAGCUUUUGGGACUCCACUGACUUCAUCAUCAGGCAAAAGCUAUUAAAAACCAUACAGGAGAGAAAACAUAAUGGAUCACAAGCCUACAUUUUGUAUCAGACGUCAUUUCUGUUGUAGUUUGGUUUGUAUGGAGGCAUCUCAGUGCAGGCAGAAGCCACUUCUCUUCUUGGCCAUGGGGACUGGGACAAAGGGCAAUAAAAUUUAAACCCUGUUAAUCCAUUAAUUUCCAUCCAAAAUUAGACUCCAUAAAUUUUGCUGCAUGGCCAACGUGGUUAACCCUGAAUAUGUUCUCUAUGAAAGAAAUGUUAGCCUUGGCAUCAAAUUACAUAUUCGAUCAAUGCUGAUCCUCUUCAGGAGGCAAAUUGGAUCAAGGGAGGGUUAAAAUCCUCUGUUUCAGACAAAUGUGCUGCUUGCAGUUUGGUUAAACUGAAGGCAAAACCAUUGGGACAUUCAGUCCAGUUGUCUGUUUUGGUCCAUUGUCUUCAUGUACUCUUCUUACACACACACAUGCACCUCAUCUGCUGAUGAAAUGCCUUAGAGGUGGUUAAAAUGAACAUAAUGCACCUAAAGAAAAAUAGCCAAUUAAAAUUUAAGCACUUAUAUUUUUCACACAGAGCAGAAACAGAAAGGCAUUUUUUUUAAAAUCAUGUGGUAAGUAGCUUCAGGUGGCGGAUAAUUUGGAAAAUACUGGGUUAGAAAUUAAACUUCCCAUCCUGGAGCCACAGUUCAAAACCACUUGUUUUCUGAAAUUGUUAAUUAAAAAUGUCUCCCAGUAUUAUAAUCACAGAUCCCUUGCAUUUCUUCUAGUUCUGCUUAUAUGCUUCAUUGGUUCCUGUACAUGUCUCAUUUACAGCAAGAACCACUGAACUCAGUGGGUGUUACUAAGUGUGCGUAGACUAUGGGACUGUGCACACCAGCCAUAAAGGCUGACGUGGGGGCAGAGUUGGGGCAUGGCGUCCAUAUGACGCAUGCCCUGACUCCGCCCCAGGGUGGCAUGAUGGUGCACACUACUCCACACGGCGUGUGGUGUCUUGGUGCUUCUCUGGCACUGCAUCCACAAGAUGUAGGCCCAAAGGAGCUCCUUAAAGGCACAGCACCACAGCUAUUAUGCCUUGGAAAAGCCAGAUUGGGGUUGUGGUGUGUGGUUGCUGCAGUCCCAAUCCAGUGCAGCUGGAGGUGGCUGCAGGCAGCCCCUUAGUCUACAAUACUGUACUUAAUUACUGGGGAGAAAGUCCUAUGGAACUCAAUGGGGGUAUCUUCUGAAUAGGCAUAUAUAGGAUUGCACUGCUGAAUAGAAUAAUCUCUCAUGCAACUGUAAAAUGUUGAAACUUUUGUGCAGUUUGGGAAUAGUGGCAGCAUUUUAAUCCUGAUAUUUUUUUUCUUUAAAAAACUCUAAUACUCUAAAAAGUUACUAGAUUCAAGAGCAUUGAAUCUUGUCAUUCUCAUAAUUUGCUUUGGAAAAAAUGGGUGGGUAUGUAUCUCUGUGCUACAUUCACUUUCCCCAAUUUGGUGGAUAAAUUGGAUAGUAAUUCCCAUUACCUUUAGCCACCAUGUCCAAUGUUCAUGCUGACUGAGGAUGAUGUGGAUUUUAGUUGCAACACAUCUGAAGGGUGCAAAGUUAGUGAAAGCUAGUCUAGACCAUUUAAAAGCUUAGUGUGGAAUUAUCAGACAUUGGAAUGUGGUACACAAACAAUAGAAGAGGUUUGGGGUUUUUUUGCAUCUUGAUUUGGACCUGAGAACAUUUUGAAAGGAAACUUAAAGUGUUUCCAUGUAAGCCCCUUGUGGGUGUAUGCAUCUUCAAGUCACCUGUCAACUUAUGGCAAGCCCAUGAAUUUCAUAGGGUUUUCUUAAAUAAGGAAUACGCAGUGGUGGUUUUGCCAGUUCCUUCUUCUGAACUAUAACCUACAGCACCUAGUAUUCAUUGGUGACUUCCCAUCCAAGUAACCACAACUGACCCUGCUUUAGCUUCCAAGAUCAGGUGGGAUCUAGUGCCUUUAGAGUAUUUAGGCCCUAAGAGCCUUGUGCUAUUAUAUAUAGCUAUAUACAAUAGUUUCUGUGUGUAUGUAUAACAUUACAGCAGAAAAUAUCUACUGUAGUUUUAAAAUCCAAUAUACACUGUGGCCAUUGUAAGAAAAACAAAAUUGUGUCAGGAUUAAUCCUCUCUGUGGAUAUUUCAGGCAGAGAGCCAGUUUAGCUUGGCCUAAACUAGACAUUACAAAUCUCUUCACUCAAGCCUCCCUUUCUUCCUGUAGAAUUCCAGAUGUGCAUUUGCAGCACUAAACGUAUAACCAGAACCUCCAAGGGAAUAAUGGCUGGAGGAGGAUUUGCUGUGGAAAAAAUGAGACAGGUGGAGAAAAGGUUAACCACUGCAGUUCUGGUUCUCUGCUCUAAAUCACUCUUUUUCUUGAAACACACUUUGUUAAAGUUUUGUUUGUUGAUUACCUGUAGGAGUAUGAUGGACUUGCACCAUCACAACAAUCAGCUAGAAGUGCUGAUUUAACGAACACAGAGUCCACAGUUCUGCAACAGCUGCACUUUACAUAUUGUUUAUGGAUUGAUGGGGGAGGGGAGGGGAGAGGAAGCUGACACAACAUGCAUUCUAGGCAAUGGAAAAGUAUCUCCAAGGAUGCAUCUACACUGUAGAAAUCAUGCAGUUUGACACUACUUUAAGUUCUGU